UUUUUUUAUGAAAUUAAGUUAUUAAAUUAAUUAAAUUAAAAAUGAUUCCGACAUAUACGACGUUAGUGAAGUAUGAUAACCCUCGUCUUGCUACUAAAAAUGUCGAUUCCAAAGAUGCGUUUCAUCAACAAGGACAAAAUCGUCUGCCAGAUUUGUGCACUAAACCUCAGACCACCCACAUCUCCACCAUUGAUGAUACCUCCCAUGAGGCAACUGUUGAAGUUCUCAACUCCAUCCUGCCACCUAUAAAAUUCAAAGAUGAGAACAACACAUUAUGGAUGAUGGCGGCCAGUAGCGUGCCAGCAACUCGUCUGGAAGUCAUCAAUCUGCAGACAGAACUUGACAAUCGACUUCUUCAGAGGCAGGCCAGGGAAACUGGCAUUUGUCCCGUAAGGAGAGAACUCUACUCACAGUGCUUUGAUGAAAUAAUUCGGCAAGUAACAAUAAACUGUGCCGAACGCGGGUUGCUGCUGGUCAGGAUGCGCGACGAGUUGAGGAUGACCAUAGCUGCUUACCAAACAUUGUACGAGAGUAGCAUAGCAUUUGGCAUGAGGAAAGCAUUACAGGCUGAUCAGGGAAAAGCUGAUCUAGAAAAACAGAUAGUUGACCUUGAAUCGGACAAGCGUGACCUUGAAAGGCAGGUCAACGAACUGAAGGUCAGAAUUGACCAAUCGGAGAAGAAGGCCAUAGAGCAGAGGUCAGUUGAUGAGAAGAAGCAUGCCGAGGAAAUUCAAUUUCUCAAGAAAACUACCCAACAACUAAAAAUGCAACUUGAAGGCAUCGUAGCGGCGAAGAAAUGA